AUGGGUAUUAAUAAAUCAGUACCAACAAAACUAACUAAUGCACAGCUUAAACAGUUGGAAAAAGUAUCGGGUUUUUCAGAACAGCAAGUACAAGAAUGGUAUCGAGAGUUUCUUGUAAGUAAUUGCUUCUACAUAGAUAGUCGUUCUAAACCAUGGAUCUAAGUUUUGUAGAAAGACUGUCCCACAGGUCAAUUAAACCAACAAAAAUUUAUCCAGUUUUAUAAAGUGCGU